AUGGGAGCCUCCGAGUCCAAGCUUGUCUUCAAACAAGGCAUCUUCAGGCUCUCCGAGGAGCAGCACAUCGCAGCCAAUGACCCCUACUGGACCGGCUUCUGGGAACUUCCCGAGUCUGCCGAAGAUGUCUUCAGUCUUUUCUCGGGAGCCGAUAUACGUCGUACCCGCGAUGCGUCCAUAGCGAAUCUCGAGACCCUCCUGCUGGCUGUGACGUCCAAGUUGUUUGCUCUGAAGAACCACCCUUCCUUCCCCGACUCGGAGCUCGCACCGGAUCGGCAUGCGCUGAACUGCGUCCGCGUGCUGACCCGAGUCCUGCCAUAUAUCUACGAAGCGGACCACCUUAGCGAAUGGGAAGAUACCUUCUUCUGGAGCGCUCGCCGGCGCAAGAGCAGGAGAGCCCAGCUUGCGGGAGAGGUCCUCUUUGACGAGUCUCAGGGCGAGGAGACGCCUCAGGAUGGUGCAGAUGCUGAUGCGUACGAAGACGCGAAGCCGCUGGGCGAGGAGUUGAUCGACACCCUCAUCGAUCUGCUCUUCUUCAUCGACUUUACCGUGCCGGAAUUGGCACAGCCCAAGAGCAAGGUCACAUAUGCGAUAUGGCAGAGUGGAGUCGGCUGCAAAACGUCGCUGGGCUCGAACAAAGAGCUGGACAGCAAUCGGUGUGAGGUUUUGAGACUGCUGCUUACCCUCACGAGCAAGUCCAUGUACAUGCCGUCCACGUUGCUGCCCGCCCAGGGCGUCAAAGCCAUCACCUAUAUUGCAACCUGCCAGGACAAACAGAUCGUGCUGUCGGUGCUCUGCUCCUUACUCAAUACGACGAUCAAAUACAACUCGGCUUCUUGGAGGCUCCCCUACGAUCAUGUUGUCUGGAAGGAUUCGAAGCAAGCGUUGGUUGUCUAUAGCGUUCAGUUCAUGCUCGCGGUAUUGUUAUACCCUAUUCCAGAAGACGGCCGCGGAAUCGCUCCCAAGAACUUCUAUCGUCAUUUCAUGGGACGUAUCCACCGCCCGGAGGAUUUCCAGUUUCUUGCAGAAGGCAUCAGCCGCGUCCUCAGCCAGCCUAUGCACUCCACAACAUCGUACAUCCCCGGCAGCCAGAAAUCUGUCAAGUGGGCUCCGGAGAUGAUCGUCUUGUUCUGGGAGUUACUGCAAUGCAACAAGCGCUUCAGGACCUUUAUCCUGGAAUCGAACAGAGCGCACGAUUUUGUGGUCCUGAUGCUGUACUAUGCCAUCGAGCACAAACUGGACACUUCUCAGCAAGGCGUGGUGAGAAUGUGCAUUUUUGUCUUGCAGACGAUGAGUGUUGAGCCUGCUUUUGGCAAAAACCUCAAUAAGAAAUUCGAAAAUCAGGAGACCUUGCCGGCCUCGAUCCGUCUCCCGAAUUUCAGGGGCUCGUACGCGGACUUCCUGAUCAUUUCGAUACACAGCCUCAUUACUGGCAGUAAAGGAAAGCUGGAAGCCAUCUACCCAGCUUUGCUUGCCAUUAUCAACAAUCUGGCGGCAUACGCUCAACACUUGUCCAUGGCUUCAUCCACGAAGCUAAUGCAAUUGCUCACUUCCAUGUCCAGUCCGAGCUUCCUGCUUGCCAAUGAGUCAAAUCAUACUCUGUUGCAGUCGCUGCUCGAAUCAAUUAACACUAUCAUCGAACAUCAAUAUGCCGCCAAUCCGAACCUUAUUUAUUCGGUACUCAGGGCUCGGAAGCGAGUAGAAGCGCUGCGCAUCUUCACACUCGAAGGGGGUCAACAAGACCUCGAGAGCAUGGAACGUAAUCGCAAAGACAAUCCCCUCGCCAGUCCUACGCCGUCUACGGUCUCGAACCGAACGGUAGUGGAGGAAGAUACGUUCACCAUUGGCGAUUCCUCAGACUCCGAGAACGAGGACCAACCCACGCCUUCUCAAUCGACCACCUCCGUCCACAAUUCCCGCACGCCUUCUGUUGCUUCGGAGGAUCAAGUGCCGAUUCAAUUACGCGGCCUCUCCGAAAAAGCCCGUGGCAAGCUUCCCGCUGGCGCGCCCACAUUCUCGCGUCAGAACAGCACCACAUCACUCUCGAGUCCAACGACAAGCACCCCUCGUGGUGGUUUCCGCGCCACGCCCGAAUGGCUAGAUUCAUGGCUCCCCGACCUCCCACUUCACACUAUGCUCGCCAUCAUCAAAGCGCUCUCACCUAGACUCCCACCCCCAGCCUCUGCGCGCGAGCGCACUUCCUCCGAGCCCGCCUCCGCAAACUCCUCCCGUAGACCUUCCCUUCAGACCGAUAGCUCCACACCCACCGAGCCAGCAGCCCCCUCGCUCACCGACUUCCUCAGUUCCCUCCCCUCCACCGCCACACACCCGCAAAUUGCGCCCAUCCUCGCAUCUCCAUCCCCGAUCCGCGUCCACCUCUUCGAAUGGUCCCCCCUCUCGCUCGGCUGGUACAUGUCGGUCCUCUACUCACUGAUCUUCACCGCGGAGAUGCACAUCGCGCCCGCGUCGACGACGGCGAAUACCUUGACGGGCACAGGCGGUAGCGCGGGGCCCGUCGGCACGUGGAACGGCACGAAUGUGAAGCUGUUUGCCGUGCAAGAGGGUGGGAGGCGGGGGAUCACACUGAGUCAGCCGAGGGGCGCAGUCGAUGCUGUGGGCAGUAGGUUGGUGCAGGGGGUGCAAGGACUGGGGAUUGGCAAUGCCGUUGGAGGGUGGGUCAGGGGUGUUGGAGGAGGAGGAAGUGGCCCGCAAGCUGAUGGUGGAGGGCGGGGUGUUCGGGAGGUGUAG